CCACGAGGUAUGCUUCCAUCACAGUCAAAAGAAAUGAUGGCAUAUUUCGCCAAGUGUUUAGAAGUCAGCUGGUUGGCAGCAGUACAGGACCCGCCCUUGGCUCUUAACUUUUGUCCUGGUGAAAAAUUUGAUACAGCCCUUUUUAAAGAUUAUAACAAGAGAGUAGGACCAUAUGUGGAGUUCCUGGUUUGGCCCGCACUUCAUCUAUAUGCCAAUGGGCCCUUAUUGACAAAAGGAGUAGCACAAGGCUGCCAACAAAACCCAUAUAAUCGUAGAAGAUUUAUUCCAUCUGAUCAGUCGUUCACGUUUCGAUUCGAACAACAACGAUCAAUUUCGCGGACGUCAAGUGAGCCGAGGGACACAGAUGCAAUUCCUGAGCUUAGUGAUCCGAAGAGGCCAUCCAAAGUCGCAGAGAAACUGAAAGAGCUCUACGAAAUCGAAUGGAAGAAUGCACUCGACAGUCUUGAUCAAUCGAUACCUGAAACAGAAAAUAUAAAAUCACUAUUAGACGUCUUAAAUGAUAUUUUCCAUCGCUGCAAAGCAUUGGCAAGGAACACGUUAAUGAAGGAUGUGCCAACUGCUGAAUAUCUAACAAUUGAGAUGAUCCCACAAGAACAGCUUUCAUCACAGUCGAGACAAGUGAAGGCGUAUUUCGAGAAGUGUGUAGAAGUAUGCUGGUUGGCAGCAGUGCAGGACCCGCCAUUGGAACUCAACUUCAGUCCCGGUGAAAAGUUUGAUACAGCACUUUUCAAAGAUUAUACCGAAAGAGGACCAUAUGUGGAAUUUCAGGUACAGUUAUUUUUUGAAUGAUAUUUCGUAUGAAAUUUUGUCAAAAGGAUUAGUUUGGAAAAUAAAAUGGCUGUGAUCAGUCUGUAUUUCAAACAAAAUAAUCAAAGGUGUGGCCUGCACUUCAUCUUCAUGAAGCUGGGCCCUUAUUGACAAAAGGAGUAGCACAAGGCUGCCAACAAAAUCCAUAUAAUCAUAGAAUCGGCAUUCCAUCU